AUAGGUAUCCCAGCGUGGGUGGAGAUCGGAACCUAACAUCCAUGCUGGACUUGUUGGAUUGCUUCGAUGUAUGGGUGCAUGGAUUGCCGCCAGGAGCAGCUUACCAUCUAGCUGGGUAUCAUCAUGAUCUCGUCUGUUGCUCCACCAUGUUCCGAAUCACUUGCUCCACCAUAUUACAGAGCGCACGAUUACAGUCGCUAGCGCGAUAUAGUGAUCUACCAUAUUCCCAAGUACAAGGUGCUCCACCAUGUUACAAGGUACACGGUGACCCCUUUGAGAUCCGAGCACACUUCCGCCUGUGCAUACUCGUGCGCUCUAUACACGACUUGGGACCGAAGAUCUUGCACAAGUACAGAGUGCAGAAAUUGGGAGAUCUGUGUGUCAAUAUUAAUGAUUUGCAGUAUAUCUGGCUGGAUGAUACGAAUUAAGCAGCCAUUAUUGGGAGAGCACUUGUAGUGAGAGUUGGACCCACUGAUCUUUCCAAUGCAUUGAUACACAAAUUACAGGAUCCAUUGGGACAAAGUACGCCAUGUUGAUGCAUCCAUUCACCCACUCCUGUCCUCCCCUUAGAUGUGAUGGAGUUAUGUGGGUUCUUUUACCAAGUCAUUGUAUAAGAGAGAGUACGACAACUCUCUGUAGUCAGUUCAUUAACAUGUGCCUGCAUUCGUUUCUCUAUACGUUCGACAAGGGCUUAUUCUUCCACAAAUUGACUUGUAACAAUUCUCCUGUCAUUUUGGUCCGCUGAGUAGACUUUCAUCAGCCUCGUUAU